UAUCUAUAGGACUGUACUUGGACCGUUAAGUAUAGGAGCAUAGAAGCUACCAGUGUGUUGAAUUGGGAUCUUUUACUCAUUUCACAAAACCUAGGGUUUUCACCCAUUGAAAUUUGGUUCCCAAGAUCUUCAAAUGUUCUCUUCCACAUAUCAUGACUCCAACCCUUUACCUAAUUUCCCUUCAUCUUCGUCUUCUUCUUACCCUACCCUUUCUUUUCUCAUUGACCCUCAAAAUGAUUUUCCAAACAACACUCUUCUUGAUGAUCCACUUUCUCUUCCAUUUUUACCCUCAACAACAACAACACAUGAUGUUCUUCCAAUAUUCCCUAAUGAAACUACUAUUAAUGCUAAUAAUUUGGCUACUUCAUUGUUUGAACAAGAUAUUUCAACAAGUACUAAUGUUAAUAAUUGUAAUUCCAACUAUGGUGUUAGUGUUGUUCCAAAUUUUGUCACACAGAAAUUACCAUCUUCCACCAUAGGAAAAAAAGAUAGGCACAGCAAGAUUCACACAUCACAAGGUUUGAGAGACAGAAGGGUUAGAUUGUCAAGUGAAAUAGCUAGAAAAUUCUUUGAUCUUCAAGAUAUGUUAGAGUUUGACAAACCAAGUAACACACUUGAGUGGCUUUUCACAAAAUCUGAAAGUGCAAUCAAAGAACUAGCUAGAACAAAAAACAUUGGUUGUUGCAACAAUAACAACCCUUUUGAAUAUGAUACAAAUAACAACAACAACCACAAAAACUCAUCAUUUUCAGGUGUUGGUGAUAAUAAACAAGGGAGGAAUAAGUUGAAGUGGACACAACAAAAAGAAGAAGCUUUUGUUGUUCAAACAAAAAAGGAGUCAAGAGAAAGAGCUAGAGCAAGGGCAAGAGAAAGGACUUGUUACAAGAUGUGUAGCACUAGUACUAAUGGAUCUUCAACAAAUCAUCAUCAUCAUAAUCAUAAUCAAAUGCUUCAACAAUUGAUGAUGUCAUCAUCAUCACCUAUUGAUCAUCAAAGUAGUACUGAAAAUGAUGAAGCUUAUGCAAGAUGGCGUCAGCACCUUGUUCAACUUCAAACCUACCACCCUUCUACUUAUUCUCAUCAUAACCUACUUGAUGAGAGUGAAAUACCUAGAGAUCAUUAUGGUUUUAAUGUCAUUGAGGAAUCUAUUAUGAUCAAAAGGAACAUGAUGUCUUCUACUUCUUCUCAUCAUCACCAUCAACAAAAUCUCGCAACUAUCCCUAAAGAACCAACUUUUAACAACAACAAUAUUAUUGAUUACCCUAAUUUAUUUCCUUAUUCAACUACCAAUUGGGAGACUAAUGGAGGUUGCUCCAACUUUUAUGGAAUAGCCACCAUGAAUCUAUCUACAUGUUUCAUGAAUCAGUGAGUUUGUGAAAUGUUUGGAAAUUCUUGGGAGGAGUGCAAUGAAUCAGAGUGAAUACAAAUUUGCUAGUUUUCGGUAAAUUAUAUGAUAAUCAGAAUGAAAUCCUCAAGUGCUUUGCCUUGUAAUCACCAUCACAUCUUCUCUGUGUUAGUACUUUUAUUUUUUCUGCCCUAUAUUCCCAUUUUACAAUGUUUUGUACCCAUUCUUAAUGAUAAUUUCAGCCAAUGGCAUAUGAAAAAAAUCUCAUAAAGAUAGGUUUGCUGAGUCCUGUCCUGCGUGUAUUAUUUAUUUAAUUAUUAAU